GAGAGCAUCUUGGCUCUUGUUGGCUACAUGGAGUCCCCUUGUCGCAUUUUGAUUCAGCUAACAGCUCGUUAGCUCUUGUGUCAGUAUGGUGUCUGCGAUGUGUCACUCUUCGUCUGUUGUUUCUGACUAAAGAUAUUUGGUAUUUAGUGGCUUUAAUGUUCCGUGCAGCUAAUCUAAAAACCAUCGGCAAAGCAGGAACUGGCUGGCACUUUCGCCGGACAAUGGACGAGCUGGUCCAUGAUUUGGUGUCAGCGCUGGAGGAGAGUUCAGAACAAGCUGCUCGUGGUGGUUUUGGUGAUGGAGGAGAUCAUGCACUGGCAGUGGGCUGUCUGCUGAAGAGACAAGCUCGGAAACGGAGGGGGAGAAAGCGACGUUCAGACAAUCCACAUCCACCUUGGGAGGCUGGCCACCUCAGUGAGGGUUCAGAGUCCAGUGUGGAGGAGCACAAGGACUACCGUGCCAGCACAGGAGGUGUCUCCGCUGCCAACAGUCAUGCUCGAGAUAACAGUGACUCUGAUGAACAGCUUGGUCCCAAAAGAAGACCCCCUCACGCAGCUGACCUGGGAAGAAGCAAGCGGCCACUUUGGCCUGAUGACCUGGCUGUUCUGGGGUCAGCAGAAGGAACUCGCAGCCUUAGACGGCGGCGUAAAGUAAAGCGUAUGGCUGUGGAUCCACCCGUAGAACCAGAACCCCCCUCCUCCGUCAUACUUGGGCCCCCACCUGUCCCUAAAGCCCGCGCUGGCGGCAGGCCGCAUAGAAUCGAAGGCAGUGUUGCCAUGGAGCCUUGUGGAAGUGGACUGAUGGGGUUGGGAGGAGGGAAGAACCGGGUAAAGAAGAGGAAGUUGGCAACCCACAGGUUGGGAGUGGAAGCUACAGAUGAAGGGGUGGUGGUUGAGAGUGAGGACCCGGUCUCUUCUCCAGUGGAAGGAUCCAAGGACAAAAUGGAGCUGGAGGAACAGAAGGGCUCAGAUGAGGACAUGAGUGACAGGUGUGAGACCAGCAGUGUCAGUAACAGCAGUGAUGGCGGCCUUUAUACCAACGAUGAGGGAAGGCAAGGUGACGAUGAACAGAGUGACUGGUUCUAUGAGGGCGAGCCAGGGUCUGGUUCUGGACCUGGUGGUGCAUGUGGGAUAGCUGGGGUGGUUCCGUGGUGGGAGAGGGAGACAGCAUCAGAGGAGCUGGACCUUGCUGACCCAGUUUUCAACAGCAUUCUCACUGGAUCUUUUCCACUCUUGAGUCCCAAUGCACAGAGAGGGUUUCAGGCCAGGUUGAGUCAUCUCCAUGGAAACCAGCAGGGACCUGAGGCCGGGCUGCAGGGAAGUUCCAGUCAGGGCUUUAACGAAAGACUCAGCAGGCAAACGCAAGAUUCCCAUGAGCCCUGGUUUAGCUCAACCUCGAGGAGAGAACACGGACAGUUGCACUGGGACCCACGGACAGACAGAGGACAUCGGAGGAGCUGUUCAGUAAAAACAGCAAGCAGACAGACCAGCGGACACCUCGGCUCUCUAUGCACAGGGGAUGUCAAGCGGAGGCGAAAGGCAGCCCCCCUCGGUUCUGCUGCACCCUCAGGUGUGGUUGGGGAGAGUGCACCUCCCAUCCCUGACACAAACAUGGGCAAUCGCAUGUUGCAAACCAUGGGCUGGACUCCAGGGAUGGGGCUGGGCCCAGAGGGAAGGGGAAUCACUGAGCCCAUCCGGGCCACUCAGAGACCUAAAGGAGCAGGUUUAGGUUUCAACUGAACACCCAGUUUCUCGAUUGUGAACCUAAAGCAGACUAGGGUGAAAUGCCCAAACAAAAAGAAAAAGUAAUGAAUUCUUCUCAGGGCCUUUUUUUUUCUUUUUUUCCCUUUUCUUUUUAUUGUUGUUGGUAUUAAAGGUCCAGAGUAAUCCGGGCAUGUGAGCCACAAGAAUGGAAGAAGCAAGGCAUGGUAUACCAGGAGCAUAUGUGAUGAAAGCUUUCCCAUAUUGGGGAGGCUGUAAGAGGCCUGGGAUAUCCACAAAGACCCCUUGUCAUGUGAAAGUGAUUGACAGAAACUGAGCUGGAAAAAGGACCUCUUUUGCUCUCACUCCAUGUUGGAGAAUAAAAAAAUUACAUUGAUGCUUCAUCACUUGUUACCUCAGAUGCCGGCAUUACUGGCCAGAGAACUGGAGUAUUGGGCCUAAGCUAAUAGCAGUUCCUCAGCAUGUGCCGGUGAAAGCGGACAGUUGACUUGGUUAGAAAAUUAAAGCAAAAUGGUUUUUCCAAUGUUGCACAAGAUUUUUUUAAUCAAAAGUUUAAAUAGACAUUACCUCAAGACACAUUUUAUGUUCUUUUUUUUAUUGUAAUUGGUGUAUUCUGCAUGGAUGUGAGUGGGGAUAUCUGGAUGUUAAUCCAUUUUAGUCUCCAUAUAAUGGGGCAAGUCAUGCCAAUAUGUUUUAUUUCCCCACAAACAUAUAUAAACCAGAACCACACUUUUUUCAUUCUGCAUCAGUAUGCAUGGAUGUGUAGUCACUGCACAAUUUUGCAGAUAUUUAAGAAGAAUCUAAUUGUAUACAUGUUUAAAAGUGUUGUUUUUCUGUCCUGUUUUAAAUAGUAUUUUUAUAAAAGACACUGCUGCAGACUGUAGCAUUUAGCCAGUUGUAACCAUGCUAAGUGACUUUAUUCAGUAAAUACUGAAGUGACAGGUUAAAUGUGCAAUAUUUCCAUGCAAGUUUGGAAACUAUUGGGGGAAAAAAUUAGUGGAAAUGUUGGUGUCACUUAAAGGGCUCCCAUACCUGUAGGUAACAGGUGUUUUCAUUUAAUUAGCUUGAUGAGACCUAUCAUCAGGACUGUGGGAAAGAAGAGACUAAAUAACGUCUAAUUAGACAGAAUUGUGGGUAAGAAGGAAAAAAUUGACAACAGCAGACAAAAAAUAAUAAUUUUUUUUUAAUAAAGUGUUGAUUUUUCCUCAAUUUGUUAUAAGACUUUGCUGAGUGAUGCGGUUCUGUUGGCAAAUUAGCUAGCCAUUGUUGUGAUGAUUCAUGAGAUGAUGUACUGUAGCUGCAUUUGUCUUUUUAACCCUGCAAAACCAAGGCUGAUUUAGAGAUAUUGACUGAGGCUGAAAUAUUACGUCUAUUAAAAUAUAGUUUUGUUA